AUGAAGUAUGCACAUUUUUUUUUGAGGCGGGGGGUAAGUUGUAGGUCCCCUUUGAAUACUUGCGCGAUACAGAGAGCGACAUUUAGAAGGUACUACUUCGCCAACGUAUCCCCAAAUGAGAUUUGCGGGAAGGUGGUGCAGGGGCGCCUUUUCACCAGCAAGGCGGGCAUGUCUGACGGUGGCGCCAGCAGGGGCAUGGAAGAACAAAAUGGAAGCAACGGAAAUGACGGAAUUGAGGGAAACGGGAAGAAUGAGGGAAACAGGAAGAAUGAGGGAAAUGGAGAAAAAGAUCAAGACGGCCAAAACAGUCAGUCAAAUCAACAGAGCAAAGGCGCGGAGGGGACAGAAGAGAGCAAAGAACAAAUGAAGGAAAUUAAUUACGAAAAAUUGAGCAAGGCAGAUUUAAUUAACGAAAUUAGAAAAACAAAAAGAGACAUAGAAGAGAAAAUGGUGGACAAUAAAAUAUUAAAGGAAAAGUAUUUGUCCGUAUUGGCAGAAAAUGAAAACAUAAGACACAGAUAUGUGAAGGAAAUCGAAAAUAGCAAGCUCUACUGCAUUAGCAAUUUUGCAAAAUCCCUGCUGGACGUUGCGGAUAAUUUGUCCCUAGCUAUUAAAAACAUCAACGAAGAAUCUCUCAAGCAGAAUGAAGAAAUAAGCAACAUAUACAAAGGCAUACAAAUGACGGAGACUAUACUACAUAAUAUUUUUAAUAAAUACGGAAUUGAUAAAUAUGAUCCGAUUAAUGAGAAAUUCAACCCCCUCUUCCACGAGGCGCUCUUCGAAAUUAAUGAUAGCACCAAAGAGAAAGGAACUGUCGCGACAGUUGUGCAACAGGGCUAUAAGAUAAAGGAUCGCAUCUUGAGAGCUGCCAAGGUCGGAGUUGUUAAGAAUUGA